CAAGGCGAGCUUCAUCCCGAAGGCGGAAGUCAUCAAACCGAAGUGACUUUUUUUUCUCUCCACACAUAUCAAACUCCGCCAUGAAAGCCAUUAGUCCCGUCCGUUCAGGGAGGAGCUGCUACAAAGCCGUGUGCUGCAUUUCGGAGCGCAGCGUGGCCAUCGGCCGGACGACAAAGCAGCAACAACACGCGUGCGUGGAGGUGCCGCCGGGUGACAUGAACGACUGCUACUCGCGCUUGGCGGCGCUCGUGCCCAGCAUCCCCCGUAACAAGAGUGUGAGCCAGGUGGAGAUCCUUCAGCACGUCAUUGACUACAUCUUCGAUCUACAGAUCGCCCUUGAGGCCGAAGAAACUCCGAGGCUUUUGUCAAUAAAGACUGCUGACCUGACCAGAACUUUCUCCAAAGAUGAAGGGCGUUUGUGCCAUUAGGAUAUAUCAUGUUUGAUCAUGGUGCAGGGAAACACAUGUCUCCACUUCACUGCCGGCCAGAAGAGCACAAGAAGGGAGGGGGGGCAUGAGAGAGUAGGAUAGGUAUGCAGAGAGAGACUAGAUGGAAAGCGCUGAGUGUUUUUCUGCUCGCUCCGUCCGGAAUGGACACAUCAACACACCAAAGCUUCAUUUUGGACUCGUUCCUGCACUGCACCUUCAUAUAUUUACAUUCCAGCGACACCCCUCCUUCACCCAUGUUUGUUUUCCAACCUCCAUACAACACGUGUACAUAUCUAUUAGGUGUGUAUGUGAGUUUUAUUUUGUAUUAUAACAAUCCAGAAACUCUAUAAUAGAGUUAUUUGUAAACUGUCUGUGGGGAUUGUUGUUAUUUCCACAGAUGAUAUUCCACUGAGUUUCAUAAACUCGUUAUUGUAAAGUUUGAGUGUACUAUUCAAUGUUAUGACAUGAAUAAAUACAAUUC